UUUUAGUUGACGCAUUUAGUUCUUUUGUUUAAACUAUUGAAGUAACACUAAUAAUUCUGAACAAUUAUAUUAUAAUACCUUUAACCAUGAACAAGUUCAUUUAUCUUAUUUUUGCUCUGCUAUGUAUUGUAAAAUUGACUAAAAGUGAUGAAGAAGGAGAAGAACGAAUUGCCAAAGAACAAACUGACGAAUUUAGUAAAACAAGUUCAAAUGUUGCUGCGUCUCUGGAUUCCAUUACGGAUGUUUUAAGUGAUAGUGAAUUUUUGGCAAAAUCAGAUAAUGACAGAGAUGCAUCACGCACAGAAAGAUCGGCAGUGAAUGAUGAUAAUGUAAAAAAAGCAACCGAAAAAUUUGCAGACGAGGAAUUAAAAACAAGUGGUGCUGUUGAUGAUUUAUAUAACAAAGAAAGCAAAAAUGAUAAUGAGAUGGAAUCGAAAAAUGACAAUGAACGAUCAGGUGACGAUUCAUCUGUUUCCAAAUUAGAUGAUAAUUCCGAGUCUAGAAAUGCCGUAAAAAUGGAUGAAAAUCCUGAUAAUGAAUCUAAAGCAGAUGAUAGUUUGGAUAAUGUGCAAAAAUCUGAUGAACCGAUAGACGUUUUGAACAAAAGUGAUAAACAAGAAGAAUCCAGUCUUGAUAACAAUGAUUCACCCAUACUUCGUGAGGGAAUUUCAGCUCCAGAAAACUUAGUAAGAGAAUUUACUUCAGAAGAUACUAUACAAUUAGACAAACCAGAUACCAGUCUAUUAAAUUUUGAAGGUACAAGAAGAAUGUUAAACCCUGUUGUAGACGAAGCUGCUAAAUCAGCUGUAAAAACUGCAGUAAAUGUGGAACAAUAUGUGAAAUCCGUAGCAGAGCCCGAUUAUAUCUCAAGAACUAUUAGUAAUGUUAAUGAUUUUGACAGUCGCCGCAACUAUGCAGGUGAAGUAGAUACCCCGCACAUAUACCAUACACGACUACUACCUGAAACACUUAAUUAUCCUGUACAGCAUUUUCCUAAAACUGUAACACCUGUUAUUGUACAGAAAAUUUCCGAGAAAGAUAUUUUUAGUGCUUUAGAUGCAAAUUCAAGAAAACUAUUAGAAACACCAAUGAAUGGUCUAAGUAAAGAUGUAAGUUCGACUGAGGAAAUAAUUGGAGCUGAUGAUCUGAUGCAUAAUGCUUAUCCUUAUGCAUCUAUGUCGACAAGGAGUGGUCAUUAUCCUCAAGUUAAUAUAAAACCUCAGUUACCAUAUAGUAAUCCAAAUGCAAAUAUAUUCAGACCUAGUAAUCAACAUCAAAUUCCUUAUUAUUCGGAUUUUUACAAACCGUUCAAUUCAAAUUAUUUUAGUCUUGGUCUCGGACAGUCUAAUACCAAUAGAUUUAUUCACUCCGUAACAUAAUAAACCAAAUAAUAAUUUAGUAUUAAAAAUAUUUGUAAGUAAUAAAUAUUUUAAUAAA